UUUAGGAGGGAGUUCAUAGCAUAGCGAUCACGGUGACGAUAAGAGCUGAAGAAUUGAGAUUUGAAAGGAACGAGAGCGUCCAUUUUCAGACUCUUGGCGUACGAAUAUCUAAUUUAAUGUGCAUCCAUCAAAGUAUCUCCAAAGUUGUUCAACCCGAAUGGAGAGUCAAUUGAGUUCAUCAAAACUAGAAAACGUAUCAAUGAUCGGAUCUUCUGAAAUUUUUCAUUUACCUGAGGUACCAGAGAUAUCAGAAGUAUUGGAAUCUACGGGUCUCAGUCCAUUAACUUCAUCUCUGGAUCAAACUCUUACAUUGCAGGCGGAAAAUAUGACUAUCGAAGAAGAAUUGUGGACAGAAGCAAGUAGCCCUGCAUCAGAUUGUGCUAUCCCACUUCCACCUCCACCUGAAUUAAAUGACUUCAGAGAUGUUGAUUUUAGAGAUUCAAAUACAGAUUCAAAUGUUGAGUCUGGAGCGUUGGUACAAUAUGGUCCAUUUUUCCCACCUUCUGGAACGCCGGCAUUGAACAAUCUUUUUGCAGAAACUGGAGAUGUUCAGGAUGAUUCCAUAAUAGGUCCUCUACCUGCUCAUACAGAGAUAGUAGUUCUGUCUGCUGGAGUAUGUGGUCUUCGUAAUCUAGGAAACACCUGUUUUAUGGCUGCUGGGUUACAAUGUUUAACCGCGACACCACCUGUUCUUCAUCAUUUUUUAAAUUUAGAAGAAAAAGGAGAAAAAUUACCACCACCUGGAUCUUUAAUGGCACACUUUAGUGGACUUCUUUGUAAAAUGUGGUCAGGAAAAUACAGUGUAUUAAAGCCGACAGAAUUUAAACAGACCUUAGGUGUGUAUCAUUCCCAAUUCAAGGAUUACAGACAGCACGACUGCCAAGAGUUCCUUGCGCUACUGCUAGACUCUCUGCACGAGCAAAUGAAUACGGCAAAAUCAUCUAAGAAUUGCCACGUUCCAGUAACUACGUCAACUGCCAAAUCAUCCUUUAAUCUCAUUGAAAAUUCAAAUGGAAAGAACGUUUCCUCCGCCACUGCCACUAGGAAUUCAAACUGUACCAGUGAUUUCUUAGAACCAUACAACUGUUUAGCACCGUUAGAUUCUCCUAAUAGUCCGAAUAUCACAAUGGCUGGAUCUCUAAGAGAUUUCAAUUCACCGGUAUGUGAGUUGGAUAGUACUGCAAAUUCACCGAGAAAUUCACCUUUAAAUGAUGACGAUGAUGAAGAGACUUUAGAUUCGGAUGAAAUGAUGGGUACAAAAACAGGAUCCUUUAUACAUAAUGAAGUUAAUGAAGGAAGUUCUGAUACAUGUUCCUUAAUGUUAAAUACCUGGAACAAAUUAUAUAAAAAUGCUUCAGAACUUCAUGGAUUGUAUGAUAUCCAUAAAGAAGCAAAAACUAGUAAUGCUAAUUUUCUUGUGACGCAGCAAGAGUGCAAUAAUGAAAUUCAUUAUGAUUCGCAAAAAUUUCCAAAAGAAAAUGUUCAUAGAAUGCCUUUAGAUAAUUCUAAUUUGAUGGAGAAUCAUGAUUUUGACAAUAAAAGUGUUAGUAUCAAGCGUAUUAAAGAAGUAAACAUACAGAAAAGCAAUUGCGAAGUAGAUUGUGUUUCAAGUUGUUCUGAUUUAGAGUAUGAUAGAGAUUUAGAAAAGUGUAAUGUAAAGCGAAUGAGAUUGGAUGACCAAGAGAAAAACCUUAAGCGUGAUGGAUUAAGUGGUACAAUGCAAUGUUUACAUGCCCUACAAACUGGUGAAAAUGGAUCAGUUAUUCCACAAGAUGAACUUGAAGCAGAUAAACAUUGGGCUAAGCAUUUACGAUGUAAUAAUAGUAUUAUAGUAGAUACUUUUCAAGGACAGUUUAAAAGCACAGUCAUAUGUGCUGUCUGUAAACAUGUUUCCGUAACGUACGAACCAUUUAUGUAUUUGUCGGUCCCAUUACCUCGUGCAAUGGAAAAGCAAUUGACUGUAACAUAUGUCCCAGCAUAUGGUGCUCGACCUAUAAGAUGUGUAGUUUCACUGAAUAAACAAUCCCGUGUAGGGAAAUUAAAGGAGGAAUUAUUGCAUACUCUUGAAAAGGACACGAUCUCAUUAUCGAACAUUGCACUGGCUGAGGUUCUUGAAAAUCAUAUAGCAAAAAUUUUGGAUGAUAAUACACUGUUGAGACACGUCAAUGAUACAAAUCGAUCCAUAUAUGCAUUUGAAUUGACGGAUCCUCCUGAUGCAUGUACUACCGUAUCUGACAGUGGUGGAGAUCGUUUAACAGAAGCUGAUUCUUGUCAAAGAAGUGCAGUUGUGAAUGAAGCAAUUCAUUGUACAAUAUGUUUAGACGAUUCAAAUAGUGAUUUGAAGAAGCAUGGAGAAAACAAUUGCACCUUCAUUAUAUGUGACGCAUGCAUAGAAAGUUACUCCAAAGUGGACUCACAUACGUGCCCAGUAUGUAAAACCUAUAUAACAGCUUUUACCAAAGUGGAUCACACCGGUCGACCAAGACCUGUUGUUCGAAUUUUGAAUGUUCCUUUGGUAUUAAGACAUGAUACUACAUAUGAAGCAUCAAAUAACCUUAAAAGUACAAAUCUGUUUGGUCACCCAUACUUAAUUAGAUUACCAUCAAGAGUAAAUGCUAAAGACUUGUACGAUGUUGUCAAGAAGAAUGUACCACAAGAAGGACAUUAUACUGUUCAUUUUGUUGAUGGACAGGGUCACCAUUGCUCUCGGUGUCUGUAUAAUAAUCCUUGUAAAGGUUGCAACGUCCCAGAGUCCGGUAUAGUCACUCUACAGAAUGGCGAUAACCUUGCUGUUCGUUAUACCGAACACGUUCCUAAAAUCGCAUGCCCAAUCGAUCAUGCUAGUAUUACUAAACAACAUGAUCCUUUAUCGUUGUAUGAGUGUUUACAAGCAUUUAGUCAAAGCGAAACUUUAGAUGAACACAAUCCUUGGUUUUGUCCAAAAUGUGAACGGAAUCAAUGUGCUACGAAGACUCUUACAGUUCACAGGUAUCCUAAGUUCCUUAUAGUAUAUUUAAAACGAUUUGUAUUUUAUGAGUGUACAAGUUUAAAAUUGGAUGAUAAAGUUACAUUCCCCUUGGUUAAUCUUAGUGUAGGUCGUCAUUUAUAUGACCUUUAUGCUUGUGUUUGUCAUUUUGGAGGUGUAUCGGCUGGUCAUUAUACUGCAUAUGCAAAAAACCCUCAUACUGACGUAUGGUAUUAUUAUAACGACGAAGUUACUAGUAAACAAAUACCACAAGAGGAGGAUUUUAGUAACGCGUACAUAUUAUUUUACAGUCGGCAAGGUGUCAAUUUAAAAUCGUGCAAUUUAUAACCGCUAAAGUACCUAACCGGUUGGUAUAAAUCGCCGGUCAGGCAGACAAUGAAAGAGCAAAAGUAUUUUCAAUUAAGCGUCAUUCGUUCAGUGCUCUUAUCAAAACAAUUUCUAGAUCAUCGUCGACGCUCGUUUUUAUUAUCUAUUACUUUUAUCUUUUCUGGUUUUUUUCAUUCCACUCCUCGUUGUUAUCGUUGUUUCGAAAUCUUAAAUUAACAUCUCUCUUAACUUCUUCUUUCCAUACGAUAUUACGAACAAAAUAAUUCAUACGGAAGUUCAUCGACACAUUGAAAAGAGAAAAAAAAUUGGAUAUGUUUCUCAAAACUUAUUGUAUCUUUGAUACAAGCAUGCAUUAAACGUGGUAUCAAUCUACUUUUUGAAAGGUCUGAGCAUAUUUAUACUGCACAGUCUGUAAAUGUAUAUCGAAUUUGUACAGUAGUUAAUUAAUGUAUAUAUUAUGAAAAAGCAUAAUUUAUUAGCGAAUAAAACAUGAAGGUUCUAACAA